ACUGUUGGUAGGGUUACCUGGUGUCUCUGUUUGCCUUAAUGUUAGCAGUCGGUUAAACUCAACAAGACUACUGGACAUUUCAGAAAGUUUGUAUUGAUCUCCUCACCCUAGUGGAGAUGACAGACACCAUCUUUGGCAGUGGGAACGACCAAUGGGUUUGCCCCAAUGACAGACAGCUUGCACUGCGAGCCAAGCUGCAGACAGGCUGGUCUGUUCAUACUUUCCGGACAGAGAAACAACGAAAGAGUCAGAGUUUAAAUGACAACGAGUUGGAGAUUAUUCUGAGAGUCAUAAAGAGAGCUGAAAGACUGGACCAGAACGAACAGCUCCGCAUUGGGAGGCUAGUGGAGCGUCUUGAGAACAUGAGGAAGAAUGUGAUGGGGAACGGCCUGUCUCAGUGCCUGCUGUGCGGGGAGCUCCUGGGUUUUCUGGGGACCCCCUCUGUGUUCUGUCAGGACUGCACCCAGGUCCUUGGCUAA